AUGAAGUCUUCUGACAGCUUCCACCUCGUGCAUGAAAUAUCAGUGCCUUAUUCUACUUCGGCCCUCGACCCCCACUUGCUGCCUGCUCGUUACCAUGGCAACGACACCAGUUUCACACCGAUACCGACCGUCGCCACCUCACCCCAGCCUGUGCCCAAUGUCAGCAUGGACCUAGCUUCCCAGGGACCUCUCCCUUCAACUCUCCAGUGCCCCGCCGCGCCAUCUCUCUCCACGGCGGUCGACGGAGGGCCGCUAGUCCCGGGCUUCCUCCCACCUGCUUCCUCUGGCGUCGUCAGCCCCUCGUCCUCUCUCCUUCUCUCCUCCGCCCCUCCGCCUGUACACUACAAUGCCUUCCAGUUCUAUGCGACGGCGCAAUGCCAGCAGCAGAACCUCUGCCAGCCUGCAGCGUCCAGUUGGGGCCCGGCGACCGCCGGAGUGGUCGCCUCGAGUGGAUCGUCUCAACUCUCGGGAAGUCCCUUCCUUCCGGUCUUCCUCCCGCCGAUGAACUCUUCCCUGUAUGUGACUCCUGACCCCAGUGCAAAUGUACUGUCUUCCACAGCGGUCCAUCUCUGCGUGAGCUCCUCGGUCGGGGCCAUCGAGUGCCCCGGCCUCGGCCACGGCGACAGCCAGCAGGGACCAACCGCCCCUGGGACGCCCCUAGCGGGCCGGGACGACGCAUCCUUGGUCGGCUUGAAUCAGGGAGGCAGUGGCGCGUGUAUGCCGCUAGUCGUGCUCGCCUCGCCUUCGGUCUACUCGCUCAUGCCCCAGCAACAGCAUAUGGCGGCUUCUGCGGUGUAUGAACAGCAGGUCAGGGGAUGGGUUCCGUAUGGCUUCCAAUCAUCCGAGCAGGCGUAUUGGGCGCUUUCAUCUCGGAGCCUGCACUCUCCGGCUCUCUGUGGGGUCGCUCCGACCCUAGCGCCCGUCGUUGCUCCAAACGCGGCUUCCAUGUCACGGGCGUCUCCUUCUGAGACACUUUGUGUCGAUUCUCAGAACCGAGAGAGGACGCACGAGGUUGCAUGUGAAUCUGUCAAAGAAUCUCAGGGCCCACUCACACCCAUAGGCUCCCCUUAUUCACCCGGGCAGCACGCGGCUGAAGUACAGCUUUGCGAUGGAUACAGAGAUGAGGCUCAGGGCCGAGAGGAGGAGUGUCAAACGUCAACGAACUGCAUGCAGAUCAUCUGCGCGGUCCAGUCGCAGGCAGUUGAACAAGAGAUGAGCGUAGCUGAAGCGGGUGUCUCCUCUCCGAGAGGGCUCGAGGGGGACCAAAGCCACGGGCUAGAAGAGACUCGACCGGUUACGCCAGAGGCGCGGCUUCCUGUCUUCUCUGCCGACUGUCCCUACACCGUGUCGGCGGCCGCCAGCGGCUCCGUCGCGGACGACUUGGGGUCGACUCCCGGAGGUUACCGGACGGAUCCAAGUGGCGAGGCACCGAACAGACGCGACAGCCAGGUCCCCACUUCGUCUCAAGAAACUGCAGCGAGCUUCAGCGCGGCGAACAGUCUUCCGGGCGACGGCCUGGCGGAUUUCAAGGGUACUCGGAGUCUGGAUGGCAGCCAGGAAAGCGAGGCAGCACUGGAUGUUUCGCCGUUUGUCCCUGCAAACAGGGAACGGGGGCCACAAGAGGGUGGAAGCUUUCUGAGGCAAACCGUGGAGGGAGGCGGCAGGACUCGGGCCCCUGCCGGGUCGUAUGUCGGGAGGAAGAAGGUUGGUGUGCGAGGGCUAGCCUUUUCGCAAGGUGGCGCCCCGCGCAGGGAGGCGCUUUCUUCUCUCCCGGCGAAUUUGGGCGUGUCUCUGGAUCCUUGUUCUCUCUUGGAGGCCCCAGCUGCCUCGUUUCCUUGCGCCCCACCGACAACGGGCGCACCCCUGCUUUCUCUAGGAGACGGCGAGACAGAGACUGUCUCCAGAGUCUCCCGCAAGCAACGCGUUCACCGGGGAGCACUUCAGGCGGGCGAGGCUGGAGGCGCCAGGAUGUUCGAGGCAGCGGAAGAGACAGGAGAUAGAGAAAGGCCUCGCCGGCCUGGGAUGUGUGGCCGGGAAGCUGAGGUCAAUCUCAGAGCCAGGCUCCUGCGGGCUGCAGAGACGCAGAGCCAAGCCCCUUCUGCCUUAAAGGAGAGACCCGCGUGCGGCGGAGACGCGGCUGAGGUGGCAGAGAACUGCCAGGAGUCACCGCAAAGUCAUCACGGCCCAGCCGGCGCAUCUGUGGCUCAGGAAUCGUCUCCAUCAUCCGUUGCCCCAGCGUUCGCGGGAGCCAAUGUGCGCGUCCUCGAAACUGUCACCAGUGCUCAGGUACUAGAGUCUGACAUACCUUCCCAGCGCCCCCCAGUCUUGCUCCCCAUCACAUCGCCCACAGUCUCGCGUCGUAUCACCUCGCCUGCAUCUCUUCCACUGCCGUCUCAAGGUUUUUUUCCCUGCGCCCUGCAGGGUGUCCAAGCAGGCCCCGCAGCGUCGGCUCCGGUGUGCAACUCUCUCGUCCCCUUGCCGUAUCCGUCAUUCGCAGCGUCUCCUUAUCCGUCCGAUGUGCACCUCCAGACUGAACCGGGGCCGGAGCUCAAUUUAAAUGUGUGCCAAAACAGCGAGGCCACUUCUGUACCUUUUUCACAGUUUCCGGAUUUCCCCGUGCCUGUCGCGCACCCUGCUGCCAAUGUGGGCGGGGUGUCUUCCAAUUUUGAGAGUGCGACGUAUGCCGUACGCGAGUCGAUGGCCGGAGGAUCGCAAGAACCGCUCUUCUCCGAGCCGCUUGUCGCGCAGCCCCCCGUCGCUGUCCCCACCCAAGCGUGCCCUCAGUCCCCCACUCAGGGGCCAGGUGCGCCCGUCCCUGCCGUAGGGGGUGGUGGGGAGUUGUCUUCUGUAUCGGGGGGCGGGCGCAAGGCCGGCGAGAGGCCUAGCGGGAAGGGCCAAGCGGAGACAGGUGUCUGCAAGGAGCUACGAGGGCGCGGCGACACCGAGACCGUCAAACAGGACGCGCGACGACGCCGAGCGACAGGCGGCCGAGCUGGCGCCGCCGUUCGGUCCUUUCAGGGCGACAUGCCAGCAAACCACCGGCCAGCGGUCCAGCCCCUUGGCCGCUCAGGCGUCGUAUAUACAGCCGAGGCUUCCCACCUGUUUGGCGCCAGGGCCCCAGGUGUCCGCCCUGACGCUCCGCGCUUCUCGACCGUCAGCAUGGGAAGCGUCCAGGCGGUAACCGAAACGUCCACGCAUGCACCUCCGGCGCGGAUGUGCCGCCAGCGCGACCCGUGUCUCGGAGCCUUUCGGAGUGAUCUGUCGCUCGGCUUCGCUGCAGGGCGCCAUGUUGCACCUCUCCGAUCCGCGCCUGAACCGAGGUCCCCUUCAGCUCAAGGCGCCGCCCCCGUAUGUGCCUCAGACGCCGCGCGAGGAGGCACGGCUCGCUGCGGCGUCGGGCUGUCGCACCCAGGCUGGGCCGAGGAGACAUCCUCCGGGUCUUGGCGGAGUUCCUGGGGCGAGGGCGGCAAGCAGACUCGAGAGCGACGCCAACGCAGUCACUGUAAGAUGGAGACAAGAGACCGCGAGGCCGCAUGGCUCGGCUCGCGUCGAUACAGUCAACAGUUUCAGAGGCCUCUGACGGCCGUCCGGGAGCGCCACGGCGAGGCGCCUGGAGGCGGCCGCGGGCUCGUGAACAGCACCGCGGCUCCCAAGGCGUUCUGCGAGAAUGCAGGGGCUCGCCCGCGCCCCAGCGUCUCGUCCACACACCAACGAGAGGGUCCGAAGGAGCCGCGAAAGCUUCCGGUCUGGCGCCCGCGACCUCGAUCCUUCUCCAUCGCCCCUUUGGGUGGCGGGGCGGAGGCAUCGGAAGACCGCGAAGGCGCGUCGAUGGCCUCGGGCCCGCCGGAGAUGGGACUCGGCGCCCGCAGGCACGCGAGGCCGAAGCGCAGAAGCGAGGGCCAAAUGGUCCUUGAGCUGUCCCGGAGAGCCACGGAACACUGCGCAGAGGAGCCGCGGGGACAGGCGGAGAACGGCGGCGUGAAGGUGUUUCCAGAAACGCAAAAGAGAGAAGAGUUGUGUCUUGACAUGCCUGCACACAGAUGGCGAGAGCGCAGGCUGUCGGACAGCGGCUUGCUCAGGGACGCUUCGGGGAUUAUGCCGCCCUCUUCUGGCUCCGUGCCGCCGACGCGACCGCCUCCUCCGGGACAGAGGCCAGGUCUUGUCUCUGAGGAGGUUUCGAGAGCGCCCCAUCCUGCCCACAUGCCUGCACUCACCUGCCCCUUUCCGGGUCCGCCGCUCACGCCUGCGGCGUCGGGGGUCGAAGCGACUCCGCCGAAGCGCGAGGCGAAGCACCAAAAGCCGUUCAAGAGAGGCAACGCGAGUCGUGGAUGGGCACCCAUGUCCCCGAGUGCCGCUUCCAGGUCGCCCCUGCUUUGGGCUCCACCGUCGUGCCUCUUUUGCAAGGUCCCUGCUGGCCCGCCCCUCCCAGGGCCGCAGCCGUCCAUUCGGCAGUUUCCUUCUUGUCCAAAUUUCGCCUCGAUCCCUUUGCGGCCUCCGCCUCCGAUUCAGCCGCCGCCCCCUACGCAACCUCCUCCACCGGGGGUCAACCCGCCGUCCGUGGUCCGCGGGCCUCGUCGCCCCUUGUCCCCGUUCUCGCCCUCCCUCGGUCGCGAAAACCGUUUUCCGGUGACGCUUCGCGGUGACGGCGAGCAGCCACCAGGGCCGAGACGUGAAGCCGGCGCUUGCAGUUCGGCUCACGUCCUGCUGUCGCCCACCCGUUGGAUGCAGCAGCCGGGCGAGGCUCGCGUGGACGGCAGCGGGGAGAGGCGCCGCGGCAGCCACAGGUCGCGUCAAGGCCCACGGAAAGGCGAGUUGCACGAUCUAUACGGCUGGAGACAGCGAGAGGGGCUUUCAGGCCCGGCAGAGCCUCAGGAGCCGGGGAGUCUGCGCUGGCGCCCGCACGCCCCAGACGGGGUUCCCUGUGGGGUGGCGCCCUCGGAAAGGUUUCAGAAGCAGGGCUGGGACCCGCGGCUGGAGCGCGGCUCUGUUGUCGACCGAGAAGAUCACAAGUCUCUUCUUCGGGAUCAUCGCCUUGCGGGCUCCGGGGGUCCCUCGCCGCAUCGUGCGACUGCGGGAGGCCCGCCAGGAGUGUCCGAAGGCGGCGGCCGAGGGUGGACAGGGGGCGCGUGUGCCUCCCCUCCGCAUGGCGGGCCUGGAGACGGAGAUUCGUCUGGCACGCUGCUGCAUGCAGCGGUACGGGAUGGUCGACAAGAGGAAGGCCACGGAAGGGGACAGGAGAGAGACGCGAGACCCCCCCCGCCCGGUGAGAUGCCGCCGUGUCGAGACCCUGAAGUCAAAGAACCGUGGGAGACGGAAAGAUCCGGCAGCGAAGGAAGCAACUCGAGUUCAGCGCAUGCGGUGAACGGCGUGGAGGCGCCGGUCUUCCGAAGCGAGCGCGGGAACCGCGAGAGAGGUGCGAGAACUCACGAAUGGCGAGGGAGAGACAAGCCGACGACGCAGGUCAAUGAGGGUUCUCCCCUGUCGCCGACCCAUGCAAAUCGCGGUGUGUAUAUCCAGCUGCCGGGACACUCUCGAACAGAGCGGGCGCGAGUGGGCUCCUUCCCUGGUGCCGAGGUAUGUCCAAGAGGCUGGAAGAACAGGCGAGGCCGAGGCGGACGUGGGGAGGACGGAACGGGCGAGCCUGCGUUCGCUGGAAGGGCCUGCACGCCUGUGGAGCCCACGGGAGAGGCGGUGCGAGUUUCGCCGGGGACCGGAGCUGCCAUGGUGGCUCGCGAAUAUGCUCCAGGGCGAGACACGAGGCAUGCCGAAUGUCGAGGCCCGCCGAGGAGUGUCGUCGGAGAAGGCCCGCGGCGGGAGGCGGACCAGAUGCGGGGUGGAUGCAAGCGGGACGACGCGCUCGACGACGCGUAUCGCAUGCACGGAUUCACGACGAGCGACGGAUUCCCUGUGUUAUCUCGCGCCGGCGACGAGGUUUAUGGUAGCGCCAUGCGAGGCGGGAGAGGACGGCUGAACUGCGCAGCGUCCUCACCCUCGUCGUACGUGUGUGGCCGUGUAUAUCCUUCAUCCUUGGCUUCGCCCUUCUCGGCGUCAUUGCCUACCAUGGCUCCCUUGGCGUCGGUCGCGUCUCCGACAGGCUCGAUGUCGCCGGCUGCCUCAUCGGAGUCUUUUUUCGCGAGCUCAUCCGUCUCCUCUUUCCCCACAGUCUCAUCGGCUUCCUCUCUUUACCGUCACACGGGCAGUGGCGCCGCCCGUGAUGGGUCGUGGACCCCGUCUCCUGUGUCGCCUGUCUCGCGUUCGUCUCCUCUCUCGCCUAUGUCUGCGCUAGGCUCUGUAGUCCCACAUGCGCGAGGGGCGCCAGGCGUCCAGAGUGAGGAGACUCCGUUCGUCUCUGCUCAAGGUGACGCGGCUCACUCCCGAAACUUCGACUCGCGUCUGCCUAGGCGCCCGAGAACAACUGGGCAUUCUUCCCCCGACUGUUCCCUGCAUCGCUCUUUCCUGGGCACUUGUCUCCGGCCGCUUUCGCUCUACCCCGCACCUCUGCAUGCGACAUCCCUCUCUGGGAGAGACGACGCAGAAAGGAGGCAAAGAGGCAGCGAGGGAAAGCGAAGGAACGCCGGAACGACAGAAGAAAUCAAUGGCGAGGUGGAGGUGAAACCUCGCCCCUCCCGCUUCUUUCCGAGUGUCUAUGAGGAACGAGUCUCCUGCCGACGACAAAUGGCAAGGGACGAGGAGAACGAUAAGUCUUUCACCCAGCUGGUGAACACCACUGAAAUCACUAACGUGCUUGGAAGACGCCGUAGGCCGGUGAGACACUAACAAUCACCGGACUUCUAGCUCCCUGUAAAAGUAGACGCCGAAGCACGUAUUUCUCUGUGGAUGCCUAGAUGAAUAGAUGUAUAGCAACCUGCUGGUAUGGACCAUCUUUCGGCGAUAGUGAAAGUGAAGCAAUCACCGGGGGACAAGUAUCCCCGAGGCGACGGCGAAUCACUCCGCCGCGAGGAUGUGUACACACCUAGGGGCGUCAAUGUAUUUGUCGACCGUGUGUGUCGACACGGGCUCUCGUUCCCUCUUUUGGAACCCGAAGGAACGCCAGGACCCGCCACUCGCUGUUUCUCGAGGACGCCGUCAACGUUUGCUGAAGUGGAAAUCGGCACAAGGAACCACCCUUCAGAUGCCCAACUGUCGACUGGGACGAAAGAGCUUCGGAACCCUCCAGACAAUGCCGGCAUUCAGAACAUAAGGUACAUAGCCAGAGCAGACGCGACGCCUAAGAAAAAAUGGACACGCGGACCGCGCAAGACGCUGGUGAAAAAAGGAUCGAUUCAGUGGCGUGCAUGAAGGUGGCUGAAAUGGAGGCAGAGAGAUGAGUGAAACAAGGAGAAAAGAGAGGCCGAGGUGAGGGAAACAAAGGCAGAUGGGAGGCAGGCACAGAAGGGGAGCAGAGACAGGAAAUGUUGUCCAGGUGUUUUAAUUCAAGAUGCUAGGUCUUGUCAAUGGCGGCAAGGGGUCCUCAGGAGAUCGCUUUAGCGAGCUGAAGGUUCAGCUUCCCUCUUUGCUGCUUUUCGCUGGAACCGUUGAUCUGGUUUCAUUGUGCAAUACGUGCCCGAUCUAGUGUUCUUGAGGGACAGCAUUUUGAGUGUCUCUGUCCGUGGAAGUUCCGCUUUGAAGCCUGUGCUUCCGCAACGGAAUCCCCAUGUCGACCGAUUGGUGAGGAAGCGGGAGCGCAGUGUCUAAUCACAUAUUUAUGGCCGUGGGGCUUUGUACAUCGAUGGGCGUUUCGUUUUUCUGUGAAUCUCUCUUGAACUCGUUUUUUGCGCUUCAUCAAUUCGCAGUGUUCCACACAGUCUCGCUCUCAGGUGGCAACUGGGGAGCGAAACGUUCUUUGUCGACGUUCUACAGGACGAAAACUCAUGCAGUCU